GGAGAAUGGCAACAGCUGACUUUAUUAUUGUUUACAUUUCGAGUUUCCCGCGUGGAUGCUUGAAAAUUUUUAACUGUUUUAGCUAUGGAAAAUAACAAUUCAAGUCAUCAUUCAGAAGAUAGUCCUGUUGCUAAAAGAUUGAAAACUGAUGUUGAAACUGUGCAUAUCAAUGCAUCUUAUCUUGAAGCCGACUUCAUAAAAAGCCUUUCAAAUGCUUUUUGUAGCAAAGAAAAAAUGAUAUUUGAAAAUGGAGCUAAAAUAAUAAGCCAACCUUUUACGUGCUGUGCAUUACCUGAUUUUAUUCAACCAAAUGAUUUUACUGAGCAACUGAAGAAAGAUGUCGAAGAAUUAGAGGUCGAACUUAAAUUAAGUGAUCUGUAUCAAUUCAAACAGUCCAAAGAUUUAGCUACUUGUAAAAUAACAAGUCUUUCACAUCUCAAAAAUUUGAUAUAUGGGAAAUUUCUGGAAUGGAUGAAGCAGAUUACAACUAUAUCUUUAAAUGAUAAAGUUGAUAUCUCAUGUUCCUGCUAUACUUACACAGAUCAUUUAUUAUGCCAUGAUGAUGAGUUAGAAGGUCGAAGAAUUGCUUAUAUUUAUUAUCUGGUUCCUGAAUGGGAAGAAAAAUAUGGUGGUUCUUUAGAUUUAUUUAAUACUGUCAAUGAUGAACCAUCCGAAAUUGUUACUUCUUUUGUGCCAAAAUGGAAUAAUUUGAUCUUCUUUGAAGUCAGUCCAGUGUCUUUUCAUCAAGUAUCAGAAAUUCUUGGUUUUAAAACAAGGACUUCAGUCAGUGGUUGGUUUUAUGGUCCACCAAUAAAACCAGCUAUUCAUCCAGUUGAAAAAAUAAUAUUCCAGCCCCCAACAAAUUUUCCUGUAGAUCUCAAGCAGUGGAUAAAUCCAACAUAUCUUCAACAAGAAACUCAACUACAUAUAAGAGAGAGCUUUGAAGAGAGCUCUGAAAUAGAGCUAAUGGAUUUUCUACAGGUUGAAAAGUAUGAAGAAAUUUGCAGUGUUUUGAAUAGUAAUUCCAUUGUAUGGAAACAAAAAGGACCUCCUAAUCGCAGGAAGUAUGAAGAAAUUGACAGUUUAGAUGAUCUGCCUCCCAUUGUAAAAGAAUGUCAAGCGUUAUUCUGUUCAGAGCCUUUUUUAGUGAUUUUAUCUAAUUUGACUGGGCUGCGACUACAUCCAGAAUGUUCUGAAGAAGAUGUUCAGAUGGCUGACAUUAAUUCGUCCAUAAGAAAAUGGAGUCCAGGAUCGUAUGCGUUACUACAUGAUCAAUCAUUUUUAGAUUUUGCAACACUAAAUGCUGGUCUGUGCUUUAAUUGUCCAGAAUGGGAAGUUGAAUUUGGUGGUUACACAAGUUAUGUUGCGAAAGAUGAAAAGGAAGAGUUGCUGCGAGUAGAUCCCAAACCGAAUUCAUUAGCUUUAGUGUAUAUUACAGAAGAAACGGCGAACUUUAUUAAAUAUAUUAACUGUCGAACAAAGGAGCGUUCCUCGCCGUGUUUUCAAGACAUAUUUUCUGUGUAUCGUGAAAAGGAAUAAAGAUCUUUUUAAAAUAAA